GCGCAAUUUCGAGCGAGAGUUUGCAGACAAGUAUCUUGACCGGCGGCCUAUAGAUUACACGCAAAUGACGCCGAAGCAGAAGUCGUGGGCCGAGCGGCUCGUUUCGGCGUUCGAAUCGGUCCCUAGUGUCAAAACGAACCUUCCUGAGUACAUGAUCAAGGCUAUCGAAAUACUCUUCUUCCUCGCAAGCAACGAAGGCUUCACCAUGUGGCCUACCAGUACCAAGAUCCUCGAUGCCUUGUUCAUAGCUCUUGAUGGAGAGGCGAGGAGAAGAGGAUGUUUUUGACGCUUGUGUACGCCCUUGACACAACAAGGUGGGACACAAUCCGCGCGAGCAUCACCACAUGGCGGAACAAGGUGCUGACUAAGGGACGGCUGCAUGUCUAUGAGGCCUUUGACCUCUUGGUCAACCGCCCGACGGUGCGACGUAUGGAGCACGGCGCCGCCACGUUCACCAUGUCUUUGUGGCACAUGCGCGCACGCAACAUUCCAUUCGGAACGGCUCUAUUCGUCGUGGCGAUCAUAGACUCUUUUUCUCGUCCGACAUCGCCUACCAUCAAUUUUACCACUGAAGCUUCUCGCAUUUUGGCUCCAUGGGGUUGAGCAUCGAGUGCUCCAUGAAAACCAAGAUAAGUCCAAAAGUUCUUGCGUUAAUCACAACCAAGUGGAGGUGUACUAUAACCACCUCCGUAAUGGGCGCUUGAAGCAAUUGCCGCGGCACGGAUGGCGAUGGGCCAUGGUGGGACGAGAAUGUGAAGGCUUGGGCAUUUUCGGAGAGCCAUGUAGUAUUUAUAAGUGCAGAUGGGUUGUCUGCAGUGCCACGUGCUUGCAGGUAGAGAAUUAUUACCUUAAAUAAAUAAUUAGGAUUCAUGAGUGCUUCGUGCAAUCUGUCUUUCAGAUGAUUUAAUGCACGGAGCAACGCAGCACCUACCGGGGAUGUGAGUCGCAGCGGCAGCAUCGUCCACUCUCACCCGCUCCGCGAAUCCCGCCACUCAUUUUGUGCCGCCUUGCUGCCCACUGCCCUACGCAGACUUGUGCCAUCUCAGCCGCCCCUUUCCGUGAGCUCCUUCUCCCCCUUGACCAUGGCGCGGGCUCUCU